AUUUCGUUAGUCUGUUUCAGUCUAUUUGGUUGUCAUUGAAUUGACUUUAGUUUUCAUUUAUAUUAGUAAAGCAUUGAAUGUAAACUUAAAAUACAAAUCAUUGAAUUGAUUGUCAAAUUUUAAUAAGUGUUUUGUGUUUUUUUUUAAUUGUUUUGGUCGUCAAUUGUGACCACAAAUUAAAGUUGUGGUAGUGAUCGGAGUGACAACUCUUUCAGUCCAUUAGCACAGCAACAGUCACUUCCGAUCGACGACUCCUCGCUGGACAUCAUCACCACAGACACAGAUCUAAGUCUAAGAGUGAUUGACAGCGAACACGACUAUCAGCUGAAGUCGAGGAGGAAUAUCAUAAAUACUAAUAAGACGGCCGCCAAUAGGCAAACAAUUAGUCGAUACUUGAAUUCAUUUGAUCCAUUUAUGGCCAAUAAUACCACUGAAUUAUUUGGUGAACUCAGCGAUAAUUUCUUCAAUUAUAACGAUUAUUCUGAUGACUUUGCCAACGCUCCCACGCCUUUCAUUGCUUAUACAGAUCUCAAUGAUAUAGAUACCGACGAUUUGGUCGGUAUCGACAACAAGCGCAACAUUGACACCAACAACAACAGCAACAAUGAGAUCAUUAAUUUAGAUUUUAGUAUAAAUCCUAACGAUAGCAGCUAUUGUGUUGCCAUCGAUGAGCCGAUGGUGACUGUUGAGAGCGGUACUAUCGAUGAUCAGUUGCAGGACGUCAAGCAUCUUGAGUGCAGUACACGUAAGCGUCGUAUAUCUUAUGUCGAUGACGACGGCGAGGAUAGCGACGUUGAUUCGGAUAAUGCUUCGAUUGCCACCGCAGUUACCGGCAAACCUAAGGCCAAAGUUGGCCGCAAGCCAUCCGGUGUUAAUAAGUGUAUGUCUCGUAAUGCUAUCGCUGCGCGAGAAAAUCGUGAGAAGAAAAAGCGUGAAUCAGAAGAUAUGAGACGAAAGCUUAACAUCGCUUUGAAGGACAACAAGGAAAAGGAUAGUAUUAUUGUUGAUCUUCGUGUGAAUGUCGCUGAAAAAGACAAACGUAUUGGUUAUUUGGAAGGAUUACUUGCUAACGACUCGGCCAUUGCUGCUAUAAUCAAACACAUGUCUAAUGUGCCGACUGUCCAACUGAUUGGCAGUCAUUUUCAAUCAACUGACGAACCUGUCUUACAAAAAUCGGACAAAAUGUUGGACGACAAGAGUGUCCGAAAAUCCACCCGAAUUGCCGCUAAGGGAGAGUCAGCGGGCAUUUGCUUUCAUGUGAACAACAAUAGGAUGUCUUUGGAGUUGUGCCGCAAGUGCUCGGAUUCGGCCAAAAGGCACAACAAAAAAGGCAAAUGAACCGGACUUAUGGACAUUGGAUUGGAUAAUGACCUCUGAUUUAAAUGUAUACAAAAGCUAUCAUUAAUAGCUCGCGUUAAGUGUCGCUAAUUAAAUGUCUUUAAGAGCUUCCAAACUCUUAGACAUUAACUUUGACUUUUGAGUGAGUAUUUUGCAUUAAAAAUGUAUUAAAAAAAGAUAAUUACAAAAAACAAAUCAUCGAAAUAAUGGACACCAGUUUUGUCAUCUAUAUCUGUAUUAUUGAAUAUUAUGCGACAUUAAGAGUACUAUCGAUUGCUAAAAAAUCACAUCUAAUUAAUUAAUAAUAAUGUGUAAUAAUUGUAUACUAUUUCCACACAACAAAAAAAAUAUCACUAAUUAUAACUGAGAAAUGAUGAAAAAAUUAUGUAACCAUUUUGUAACUCAGUUUUAUAGGAAAAAAAUGAUUUUAAGUUUAUUUUUAAUUUCAAUUUAUAUAUUUAUAUUACUUUAUUAAUUUUUAUUAUAUAUUUAA